AUGCUGAACUCGCGAUUUCCGGGAUCUCGCUCCUACCCACGCGUCGAGGCACUUCUGAAUCUCCAGAACUCCGAAAACAUCGGGAGGCUCGAAUUCUUCUCGCCUGGCACAUUCUCUUCGCUUGGCGUUGGAACGCGUUGUCGCAGGAUACAGGAAGAGCUGCAGGGGCAGGGCGCAUCAGCGGCGGCCAUGACACGCCCACAGGUUACUCGGGUUGCCGGGCCGGGAACGUCCGAACCUCCAGCCAAGGGUAAAUUCCCGCGUUCUGUCAAAGCGUGGCCUGAAUUUAUGUUCAACGCCGCCCACUCGAACAAUAUAUCGUUAAUCGCCGCGGCUUCCUCUAGUCGCAAGACCAGAUCCACAGGCAAACCAAUUCCACACACAGACCGAGGAAGCUCCACGAUUGAAAAAAUCGUGACACCAUCAACCAUACGAGACCUUAAUUUGUCUGUUGAACGCCACCCUCGGACCCGGACUUUGAAACGUCGUUCUUCAAAUUGCGAUAACGAUUUGCAUGUGCACAAUGUGCUCGCAUCGCUCUUCUCUCAUAGAAAGUUAACGACUUUCCCCCACGUUCGAGUCACACAUGCGUGUACUCGAACCAUUCUUCCCGCCUCCCACCGCUUCAACUCCCCCGGCAACGCCCUAAGCGGUGUACAUCUCCGAGCUUCGCUUUCUCCCGAGUUCCUGUUCCUUCUCCGGUCAACAUAA